GCCUUCCUCCCAAAGUGGAAAAAUAAAAGAGAGGAAAUUAAACCAAAAAAAAAAAAAAAAAGGAAAAAGAAAGAACCAGACAUUUAUAGCGGAUUAUCUCUCCGCCGGAGGCUGUAACCGAAAAUCGGCAGCAAUGACGGAGGAGAGUGGCGCUAGGGUUUCAUCCGACGUGCCCAGCGAUGAUUCACAAACAAGGCAAAGGAAGAAAAGAAAGUGGGAUCAACCUGCAGCAUCCUUGGUUUCAGCUGGUUUAGCAGUGCCUGGGGCUCUCCCAAUGGGAAAUGUGGGAUUUCUUGGUGGGAUUACAAUUCCUGGCACAACUCCGGUUACUGGUGCUCUUUCGAUGAAUGCAAUUGCGGCCAGCUAUGCUACCAUACCUCAGGCAUAUCAGGUACCUCUGAUCCCGCCACAGACUGCCACGGUCAUUCAGAAAUUAAUUCAACCGAAGAUUCAAGAUGAGUUAAUAAUAGCACGAGAAAUUGUUAUUAACGAUGCAGAGUCUUCAGUUCGCUACAAGUUGACAAAACGCCAAACACAGGAGGAGAUCCAAAAAUGCACGGGAGCUGUGGUGAUAACAAGGGGAAGGUAUCGUCCACCAAAUUCAUCAACUGAUGGUGAAAAGCCACUAUAUCUUCAUAUAUCUUCAGGGGCUCAUUUAAAAGAGACAGCAGAACGUAUUUUAGCAGUUGACCGUGCAGCUGCCAUGGUUGAAGAAAUGCUGAAACAGGGUCAGAAUCCGACUAUGAGCAAUGGAGUGAUGGCACAAGGUACUUGUGUAUAUUUGGGCUUUGACGCAGAUCCAUCCUUGAACAUUGCAGCUCGUAUACGUGGUCCAAAUGACCAGUUUAUAAAUCACAUUAUGAAUGAAACAGGAGCAACUGUCUCACUCAGAGGGCGUGGUUCAGGAAAUAUUGAGAAUAUACAUGGCGAAGAAGGACAGCUGCCGUUGCAUUUAUUCUUGUCAAGUAAUAAUUCAAAAAGUCUUGAAGAUGCUAAGCUUUUGGCUGAAAAUCUUUUAGAUACAAUCAGUGUAGAGUGUGGUGUCUCCAGGGUUUCAUCAUCUAAGGUUUAUAGUGCUGUUGCACCCCCACAGCAGGUAUAUAGUGCUGUUCCACCACCGCAUCAGUUGGCCGGGGUUCAAAGUUCUGGAAUUGAGGUAAAAGCAAUUACAAGUUUGGUGUCUCCAACUGUGGGUGCUACACCAGCUCUGGCAGUUUCCUCUGCUGGAACUCCUGGUGUCGCUAUUGUCUUUUCUCAAGGGACAGUAUCUCAACCUGGAGGAUUGUUGAACUGUGCGCAACCUCAGGCGAACAUUGGCGGUUAUCCCCAACCUCUAUUAUCUAGUGGAACAAGCUACAAUGGAUAUGCAGGGAUAUAUCCUCAAGUCACACCUUUGCAACAGGUUGCUCUGGCCCUUAGACAGUCAUCUUCCCCUAUCACUUCUACAGUUGCUCCCACAACAUCAGCCCCAAGCACUGAACCAAAGGUGAAUGUUACCUCUGGUUCUGAGAAGGAGAAACAGCCUCCACAAAGGCGGAAAUUUCAGGAGUUACCAGUUGGUCCUGCAAAAGUCCAUCAGGUAUUUUCUCUGACUUUCUAUGAGGCCGAUACUGAACCUCUCUAUUGGGCCACUGGUCUGUAUUUUUCACAGGGUUUUCAUUUCGGUGGUGCCAUUGGGGUUCACUUGUGGUUGGAGCUUUAUUCUGCGGACAACUUAGACUUCUUGCUGUUUAGUUUAAUGUCAUAUACUUAGGAUCAAGUUACAAGAAUAUAUUUUGUUUUCUAUUUGUCAUAAGUCAAUCCAGUGUUGGAUUUCUUCAUUUCUUGACGAGCAUCCUAGUGUUUCCUUCUUGUGCUGUCACCAGCAGCAUGCACAGCCAAACUCCUCGAGAAGAGGUACCCCAUCACAACCAUUGCCAGCUUCACUUGGAUUUCAUGAGAACUCCAUGGUUUCGAUGAUUCAAGAGUUUGAAAUGCAAAUUCUGAGCUACUGAUACUUCCAGUUGCAUUGGCUUAAAAGCGGCAUUGGUGUUGAUGGUUGAAAAUUGGCUGUGGAUGCUGGUGGGUGCCACUCAUGGAAUGUUUUUUCUGAAAGCAAAAGGUACUUGUACAGAUCAAAUUCCGUGGAGCCAUUAUUGAUCUGUACUUGCUCAUGGAAUCUGUGGAGCAAGUAUAGCUCUAGACUUGCUCAUGAAUAUCCUUUUCCUUUGGUACUCUUCCAAGAUGUAGUUCACAACUAACCUUCAAUUACUACCUUUAUGAACUUAGCCAUUUAGAAAUGUUAAUAUUACUGUGCCUUAAGAGAAACGUGAUACGCAUGUGGUUAAGCUAUAGAACAGUUUGUAAACUUGUUCAAUGAUAUGAAAUCAUUUUUUGGAUUAAUUUUCUUAGUUGCAACUAUUAAUCUUUAGAUUAUUCCUCAUUUGUUUUUCACAUAAACAUUCACUUUUUUCUGGUUAUUGAGCUGUUAGUUUUUGUUUUUGGUUUCUGUUCUCCCUAACUGACUGCAGGAUUUUGGUGUGAGAAAUGUAUCCACGAUGCCAGCUCCAAAGAAAUUGGUCCAGCCGGCAUCAAAUGGAAUGCCAC